UUGCAUGGAUAAAUAUUUAGAGGUGGUUAAUCUAGCUAAAUGUAAUGAUGCAUUGAUGGAGUCAUUUAUUAUGCAAUCAGGUUGCGGGGUGCUGUGUGAUUAGCCGAGUGGCACAACUCAGCUCGUUAGCAUCUAGUAGGCUGUUUACUUCAUUUCUCUUUAUUUUUCUUGUGUCGGGGUGGCAGAAAUUAGCAUAAGAAUGAGGAGGAAUCCCAGCGGUGUUGGCCUGUGCACUCACACAACGACGGGAAGAUGCAGCAAAGCCAAGUAGUGUUUAUUUGAGAGGAAGUGGCUUAGUACUUGUCAAUAACUCAUUUGGAUGGGCUCUGUGCAGGUAUCACACGCGCGAUAAUAGGGGAGGCACGAGGGCAGCGUGGGCAGGAUUGUUUAUAUCAGGGUUUCCCCUCCCCUCCCAGCAGAAAUCAUCCUCCCAGACUUCAGCGUGGGACUACAUGGGCCAGGCUAUCUAUAUGCUAAGUGGCUAAGCUGAAGUUUAAAUAAAGCCUGUGACUAGCAGACUAAAAAAGUAUGUCUGCUCGGUCUUGCUUGAGGUCCGCUGACUGCGGUAACCUUGAGUGCCCCGUACCAAAACAGUAUGGUUAGAAUUAUAUGUGUACGUCUGAAGCUUACUAUGUCAGUCUUGUUUUGUGAAAGGUGUCGGGAAAGGGAGACAAGGUGUACAAACAAUCCCCAGCCCAAGGUCUCACUAUUAGAAGAACGUUCAAAUACUGUGCCACGAGAUCUGAGGGCCACUAUUAAAAAAAAAAAUAUCCAAACGAUUUCUAAAUUCUUGUCAAAAUACCAACUUGGAGGGAAUGAUGUUGAACAUAGAUUGUAUGACACAUUUCAGUCAUACUUCUGAAUCUUCUCCCCUUCUAGAAUAUAGAAUAUUGCAUCUGCGUGGUGCUAUGGACCAAAGUACCUUGUAGGCAAAACAAGGGAUCAUAUUUGAUUAUUGAUAUUCUGUUCCUAACGCAUGGCUUAAAUGGCUCCCACAGUGGACUUAAAUUACCAUUCUCUGGUACUAAUGCUUACUUCUGCUUCCUCCCUCAGGCUUAGCGAUUAUGGAAAUGGUAGAUAAUGUAAUAUGUGAAUUAGCCUUGUUUCCAGCUGCUGGACAGCAAUUAACAGCUGAUUAGCUCCGCCAUGCUCCUGACCUCUUUUCAUAUUCCUGACUUUUCAUAAAAGCAGCAGCAGCAGCAGCCGCCCGCCACUGACUGCAACUUUAAAGAGAGAUGUCAUGGAGCGCAAUGUGCUUUAUCUUCUUGCCUAAUGUCAUUACUGAAUCACUCUCCCUCCCCCCUCUGUGUGUGCACACACACACACACACACACACACACACACACCCGACUCUUGUCUUUUUCUCUGCAGAGCACAGAACAUGUUCCGCCAGGCCAUGCGUUCUCCUAUGAUCCUGUUCCACGUGGUGCCCGCCUCAAAGAAGGCCCAGUAUGAGCAGCUGUCCCAGGGUGAGUUGGCCCCGGACGCGGGCCACUUUAGCCCCGACACCUCACGAACCACCGGAGACCGCAGCAAUGUAGUAGUGGGCAGCAGCGGCGGUGGGGUGGGGGGCAUUGAAUUCACCCCGCAACGGAUGUCGAGGAGCGGCCCCCACCCCACUGUGACCCCACAGCCCAAUCUGACCCAUCCGGAGAGGGCAGAUGUCUACACUCCGGUACCCCCCAGCCCGGUGCUGCAUACUCCAACGAAGACAGCAGCCCUCAGCCCCAGCCAGAUCCCAAGACCUGUCAGUGCCACGCCCUCCACCGGCUACAACAAGAAGAUCGGACGCAGACUCAACGUGCAGCUCAGGAAAGGUCCUGAGGGCCUGGGCUUUAGCAUCACAUCUCGAGAUGUCCCCAUCGGUGGCUCUGCCCCCAUCUAUGUGAAGAACAUUCUACCACGUGGGGCUGCCAUCCAGGAUGGCCGCUUGAAGGCCGGAGACCGGCUGCAGGAG